CACUCUCAAAGACAAUGGCAGAGACAAGCUACCCCCCGACGACGACCGUGACGCAGGCGCAGCAGCCCGUCGCCGCAAGGAAGAUGGACCCGACCUCCCCGCCCCCGGCAACCGCGGCUCAUCAGGCCGACGAGCAGGUUCUGCGCCUGCGCGGCGGAUGCCCCGGCCGACUGUGUGGGCUGCCUAUUCUCCCCUGCCGUUGGGCGGCGAGCGCACGAUGCGAUGGCUCGCUGGCGACGCUGUCGGUGUGUGUGUGUACAUAUGCAGAGAGAGAUUGGAACGGUGUGUUGGACCCGGCUCGCGUGAUGAGUGUGCUCCUGCUCGUCGCGUCGGGUCCCGAGAUAACGCCAUGA